AUGUCUGACAAAGAGGACGAAAAGCAGUCUCAGCCCGUUUUGAAGGACGACAAACAAGACCAAACUGAGGAGCCUGCUAUUGACGAUAAUGUCAAUGGAGAUGAAGGCCCAAGUGACGAAGAAGAAGGAGACGAUGUGUUUGAUUCCAGCGAAGAAGAUGAGGAUCUAGACAACGAUGAAGAAGAAGCUCAGAAGGUGAGGGAGGGCUUCAUUGUUGAUGACGAUGAAGAAGGUGGAGAAGAAGAUGAAGUCGUCAAAAAGAAAAGCAGGAGAAAGAGACGUGCUCGUGAAGAAGAAAAUGAAGCCUUAGAUGAGGAUGAUUUAGACCUUUUGAUGGAGAAUGCUGGAUUCAAACGUCCGUCAGCUUCAGAGGCUGCCAAACAACGUAGCGGUAAAUUAAAGAGAUUAAAGAGGGUCGGUGAUGAUGAAGAAGAAUCGGCUUCGGCGGAACCAGAGUCUGAGGUGGCUCGUACCAAUAAACUUGACGAUUUCUUCUCAGAAGAAGAAGAAGAGGAAGAAUUAGAAGAUGAUGGUACUGGCAGAGCUCCAAGCAGAAAGGGUGUAGAAAAAACAGUCACUUUGGCUGAUGAUAUGGAUGAUUUCAUUGAGGAAGAUGAGUUUUCUGACGAAGAUGAAGAAGCUAGAAAGUUUAGAAUCGCUGAAAAGAAGAGAAUUAAGGAACAAAGGUUGGCCCAGCCUACACAGAUUACUGGAUUAUCUCCUGAUAAAGUGGAUGAAAUGUUUGAAGUUUUCGGUGACGGUCAUGAUUAUGAUUGGGCUCUUGAACUCGAAAAUGAAGAAGAACUGGAUCGGCUUGAAGAAUCUUCAGAAAACGAACAGGAUGAAAAUGAGCUCGGUAUCGAUUCCAAAAGGAAAAAGAAGCUUACUUUGCAAGAUAUUUACGAUUUGCAAGAUUUGAAGAAGAACUUGUUAACUGAAGAAGAUAUGAACAUCAGAAAGGCAGACAUUCCAGAGAGAUACCAAGAGUUGAGAACAGGAUUGAAGAACUACGGUAAACUAUCGCCAGAAGACCUUGAGCUUGAAAAGAACUGGAUUAGUGACAAGAUUGCAGUAGAUAAAAAUUUUGAUGCCGAUUACGAUACUACGGAAUUCAAAGAAGCCAUUGGAAAUGCUAUCAACUUCAUUCAGCAGGAAAACCUCGAGGUUUCAUUCAUUUAUGCUUACCGUCGUAACUAUAUCUCUUCAAGAAGCAAAGACGGAUUUGUGCUAAUCGAAGAUGACUUAUGGGAUAUUGUAUUUUAUGAUACCGAGUUCCACAGUAUCAUUUACAAGAGGGACUACGUGAAAACUUUCUACGAAAAGCUGGAUAUUCAUGAUCCAAUUGUGGAUGAAUACUUCAGCAAUCAAUCCAUGACAGAGUUGAACUCCUUACAGGACAUUUAUGAUUACGUUGAAUUCAAAUAUGCGCAAGAAAUUAAUGAUGUACUAUUGUCCACGCAGCAGGACGCAACAUCCAAGAAGCAUUUGAAAAACUCAAGUUAUGAAAAGUUCAAGGCCAGUGCAUUAUACCAAGCUAUCAAUGAUACUGGGAUUACUGCAGAACAAGUUGGUGAAAAUAUCAGUGCUGAGCAUCAACUUCAUCCGGUUGUUGAUCACCCUUCAUUGAAACCUACUGAUUCAGUAGCAAAUAUUUUAGAAGGACCAGAGGCCAAGGAUCUUCAGAUUUUCUCCCAGAAUCCUAAAUUGGCGUUAGAAACAAUCGAAAAAUACUACGCACUAGAGCUUUCUAAAAAUCCUAAGGUAAGGCAAAAGAUCAGAGAUGACUUUUACAAGUACUAUAUUGUGGAUGUUGCAUUGACUUCAAAAGGUAGAAAAGAGAUUCAAAGAGGUUCCCCAUACGAAGAUAUCAAAUAUGCUCUUGGUAGAACUCCAGCCCAUUUCCGCUCAGAGCCAGAUGUCUUCUUACGGAUGUUAGAAGCCGAAUCUUUGCAUUUAAUGAACAUUCAGAUUCAUGUGUCUUCUCAAGAUCAAUAUACUAAUCAUCUUUUCCAAACAUCUCUCGAAACAAGUAACACCUCAGAAAUCGCUUCGGAAUGGAACUCUUUCAGAAGAGAUGCUUUUGACUCUGCUCUAAACAAGGUAUUCUCUGAUGUCAGCCAAGAAAUCAAAGAUGAAUUGAAGAAAACAUGUUUGCGUCUGGUUACAAAAUCCGUCCGUCAUCAGUUCAUGUUCAAGCUUGAUCAGGCACCAUUCAUUCCUAAUCCAAAGGACCCUAAGAUUCCAAGAGUUCUAACCAUCACUUGUGGACAGGGUAAAUUUGGCUCUGAUGCGAUCAUUGCAGUUUAUUUGAACAGGAAGACAGAAUUUGUAAGAGACUACAAGAUUGUUGAAAAUCCAUUUGAUAGAAAAGAACCGGAGUUGUUCGAAAAUGCAUUAGACGACAUCAUUCAGCAUUGCCAGCCAAACGUCAUUGGUAUUAAUGGUCCAAACCCAAGUACGCAAAGGUUAUACAAAAAGAUACAGGAGAUUGUUCAGAAGAAACAAAUCGUCGAUAAUAGAGGAUCUCAUGUUCCAGUUAUUUACGUUGAGGAUGAGGUUGCUGUGCGUUAUCAAUCAUCAGAGCGUGCGGCACAAGAAUUCCCAAGCAAGCCUACAUUGGUGAAAUAUUGUAUAGCUUUGGGUCGUUAUAUUCAUUCUCCAUUGUUGGAAUACGCUAAUCUAACAAAUGAAGAACUGCUAUCUUUGUCAAUACACAGUCAUCAGUCCCUAUUGACUAGGGAGCUAUUUUUACAAGCCUUGGAAACUUCUUUCGUAGAUAUUGUGAAUUUAGUUGGUAUUGAAGUAAACAAGGCUACAGACAACCAUUACUACGCCAAAGCAUUACGUUAUAUUGCUGGCUUUGGAAGACGUAAGUCUGCUGAUUUCCUUGAAUCAUUGCAAAGAUUAAAUGAGCCAUUAUUAGCACGCCAACAAUUGAUUACUCAUGAUAUUCUAACGAAAACCAUUUUCAUGAAUUCUGCUGCAUUUUUGUAUAUAUCCUGGAACGAAAAGAACCAACGUUACGAAGAUUUGGAACAUGAUCAACUAGAUGGCACUAGAAUUCACCCAGAAGAUUACCAUUUGGCUACCAAGGUUGCUGCUGACGCCUUGGAAUUUGAUCCUGAUGCUAUUGCAGAAAAGGAAGAACAAGGUACUAUGAGCGAAUUUAUCGAAUUAUUGAGGGAAGAUCCAGACCGCAGAACCAAACUUGAGUCUUUGAACCUCGAAGCGUACGCAGAAGAACUUGAAAAGAAUACAGGUCAAAGAAAGUUGAACAAUUUGAAUACUAUUGUCUUGGAACUUUUGGAAGGAUUUGAAGAACUAAGAAAUGAUUUCCACCCACUACACGGUGACGAAGUCUUCAAGAGUUUGACAGGUGAAUCUGAAAAAACCUUCUUCAAGGGAUGUAUCAUUCCAGUUAGAGUGGAAAGAUUCAGACAUAAUGACAUAUAUGGUGUCACAAAUUCUGGUGUCGAGUGUGUUAUCAAUGCACAACGUCACAUAGGUGCUCAGUUGAAAAGACCUGCUGAAGAAGUUUAUGAAAUUGGAAAAACCUACCCAGCUAAGGUUAUUUAUAUCGACUAUGAUAACAUAAGUUGUGAAGUAUCAUUGUUAGAACACGACAUUAGACGCCAAUACGUUCCUAUCCAUUACAGCAAGGAUCCAAGCAUUUGGAACGUCGAACAAGAAAUGAAAGAUCAAGAAAUUGAGAAGAAGCUUGCUUUAGAGGAAGCUAGAGCUAAGAGAACUCACCGUGUUAUUAACCAUCCAUACUAUGGUAAUUUCACCGGUCCUCAAGCAGAAGAUUAUCUCAGAAGUAGAGAACGUGGUGAUUUCGUUAUCAGACAAUCUUCUCGUGGUGAUGAUCACCUUGCCAUUACAUGGAAGUUGGACAAAGAUUUGUUCCAACACGUUGAUAUCCUGGAAAAGGACAAGGAAAAUCCAUUGGCGUUAGGUAAGACUCUAAUAGUGGAGGAUCAAAAAUAUCAUGAUCUAGAUCAAAUCAUCGUUGAAUAUUUGCAGAAUAAAGUGAGGUUGCUAAACGAAAUUACUUCUAACGAAAAGUUCAAAAAGGGAACCAAGAAAGAAGUCAUCAAGUUCAUCGAAGACUAUUCGAAGGUGAACCCCAACAGAUCCGUUUAUUAUUUCAGUUUCAAUUACGAACACCCUGGAUGGUUCUACCUAAUGUUUAAAAUCAAUGCCCAGUCCCAACUAUACGUAUGGAAUGUUAAACUUACACAUACUGGGUUUUUCUUGGUUAAUUACAACUAUCCAACUGUGAUUCAACUCUGCAAUGGUUUCAAAACUCUUCUCAAAUCCAGUAGCAGAAACAAGACCCAAGACAACAACAACAACAACUCGGGAGGCUACUAUGGAUAUUGA